AUGGCCUCCCGGCGCCUAGCAUUCAGUUUUAACCAGGCUCUCCGGAGUCGGGCUGCCUUGAAGGCUGUCCAGCCCGUGAAGCGUGGUUUUGCCUCCCCGGUUGCCCUGCCGUCCACCACCCAGUCGACUACCCUCUCCAACGGGUUCACGAUCGCCACUGAGCACUCCCCAUGGGCGCAGACCUCGACCGUUGGCGUCUGGAUCGAUGCUGGUAGCCGGGCAGAGACUGACAAGACCAACGGAACCGCGCACUUCCUCGAGCACCUUGCUUUCAAGGGCACCAACAAGAGGACCCAGCACCAAUUGGAACUCGAGAUUGAGAACAUGGGUGGUCACCUCAACGCCUACACAUCGAGAGAAAACACCGUCUACUAUGCCAAGUCCUUCAACAGCGAUGUUCCCAAGACCGUUGACAUCCUUGCCGACAUCCUUCAGAACUCGAAGCUGGAGCCCAGUGCUAUUGAGCGGGAGCGUGAUGUGAUCCUCCGGGAGCAGGAGGAGGUUGACAAGCAGCUGGAGGAGGUUGUCUUCGAUCACCUCCACGCCACUGCUUACCAGAACCAGCCCCUCGGUCGUACGAUCCUGGGCCCCAAGGAGAACAUCCAGACCAUCAACCGGGACAACCUGGUUGACUACAUCAAGACUAACUACACCGCCGACCGCAUGGUCCUGGUUGGUGCUGGUGGUAUCCCCCAUGAGCAGCUCGUCCGUCUGGCCGAAGAGCACUUCGGUUCCCUCCCCAGCAAGCCUGCUGGCUCUGCGGCCCAGGCUCUCACUGCCGAGCAGAAGCGUACCCCCGAAUUCAUCGGAUCCGAGGUCCGUCUCCGUGACGACACUCUCCCUUCUGCCCACAUUGCUCUCGCCAUUGAGGGUGUCAGCUGGAAGGAUGAUGACUACUUCACUGGUCUCGUCGCCCAGGCUAUUGUCGGCAACUGGGACCGUGCCAUGGGUAACUCCCCCUACCUCGGCAGCAAGCUCAGCUCUGUUGUUGAGCAUCAUGGUCUUGCCAACAGCUUCAUGAGCUUCUCGACCAGCUACAGCGAUACCGGUCUCUGGGGUAUCUACAUGGUUUCAGAGAACCUGACCCGCCUUGACGACCUGAUCCACUUCACUCUCCGUGAAUGGUCUCGCAUUUGCUUCAACGUUUCUUCCGCCGAGGUGGAGCGUGCUAAGGCUCAGCUCAAGGCCUCCAUCCUCCUGUCCCUGGACGGCACCACUGCCGUUGCCGAGGACAUUGGCCGCCAGAUCAUCACCACCGGGCGCCGUCUGAGCGCCGAGGACAUCGAGCGCACGAUUGGACGGAUCACCGAGAAGGACGUGAUGGAAUUCGCCAUGCGUCGCAUCUGGGAUCAAGAUAUCGCCAUGAGCGCUGUGGGCAGCGUUGAGGGAAUCCUGGACUACAACCGGAUUCGUGCGGACAUGAGCCGCAACACUGUGUAA